CUUCGCUCCGCCGGAACCGAGAGGACAGGGAGCCGCCGCUUCGCCAGCCAUGGGCGUCACCAAGGAGGACGUGGAGGCCGCCGUCGCCGCCGCCCUCAGCCCCACCCAUCUCGUGGUCACCGAUACAUCCGGCGGGUGCGGCGCGAGCUACGAGAUCGAGGUGGUGUCGGACAAGUUCGAGGGGAAGCGGCUGCUGGAGCGGCACCGGAUGGUCAACACCGCGCUGGCGCCCCACAUGGCCGAGAUCCACGCCGUCUCCAUCAAGAAGGCGAUCACCCCGUCGCAGGCCCAGCCCCAGCCGGAGCCCGUCGACAAGGCGCAGGCUUGAUUUCGCUCGCUCCAAGGUCGAAGCACAAUCGUCUCUGCCUCAAUAAUGUAGUAGCAGAUCUGGAACUUUCGUACUGAUGCUCUAUGCUGCUUAACUGAUUAGAUUUCACUGGGCCGUGCCUAUGUGAAUGUGAUUACUCAAUCUGCUUGCUGUGAUCUGUUUCGUUGAAUCAUGUCUCUGAAUUAUGUCAUAUAUGGUACACGGUGUGCUGAUUCUGAUUA